GUUUCAACCUUCGCUCUCUUGCGCAGGGUUCCGUGACCAAUCGACCUCGUGCAGCAGCUAGAAAGCAGCUUAAUGAUAUCAAGAACUCUGAGCUAGCAAGAACACCUGGUUUCAGGGGCGCCCUCUCGUAUGAUUGGAAUCUGGAUGUGAAAGCACAGGAAGGAGAGUAGGAAGUGAUAACGAAUUCGACUGACAAGUUUUGUUUUGCGCGAAGCGUUUUGUGUGAGUUUAAGCGUUCUGAGCCGCUCAUCAGUGCCCAUCCCGUGGCUCAGCUAUGUCCGCUCUCGCGCUGGACUGCGCGGCCCUUCGAUGUGGCCCUGUUCUGAAUGUGCGAAGGGGGUAUGAGUCUGUGUCUUCCUCAGGAAGGUUUGCAACAGGUGUAGAAGGCCAGUGGACUAAUCUGGUUCGGAAACAUGGUUUCGAGAAAGGGCCACGGGUUGCAAGACCAGAGUUCAGAACCGGUGCAAGGGCAGAUAGUGCAUGGUACGCGGGUGAAGAGUUGGUCUGUGGGUUUGGAAACGCUCUGGAUAGGAAUGACAGGCUCCGUCCUUCCUGUUCCGCCACCUCAACCGCGAACUCUGACGGCCUCACCGUCCCUGGCCACUGGGGCCUCUCCGACGGCAUUUCUAAGGAGCUCGUCACUGAUCAGGAGAUUGGGGUUGUGUAUGCGGACGAGUCAUCUUCGGCUGCGGCCGACCACUCUGGGGUAGUACGCGGUUCAGACAGUCCGGAAAAUGGUCAAAGAUUAGUGACUAGCGCGGCAGCGUGCUCUCCGGACGUGCGAGAGCACACGCAGGGGAAGACAGCGGAAGGGUUUAGGGUGUUGGACGAAGACCUUGCAGGGAGUGGGGGUGGGAUUCAUGACGAUGGGCAAAAGUGCACAAAUGCGGGACCAGUUCCAGCAAUUGUGCACAGCCGCAAAACCUCAGGGAGGCUCGCCCCCGCGUCUCUCUCCCAGUCCAUGCAAGCCGUGUCCGGAAGGGGGUUCAAGUCGGUCGUUGGCGUUGCAGCCCCGGUGCUCAAUCCCGGAGGACUGAAGGGUGGGGCUGGCAUGAUGGCAGCUACACUCACGGUGGCCGGUGUUGUUGGGGCCGUUAGCCAGGGUGCAAACUUGCUGCAGAAGGGGGCCACAACUGCGCCGGCUAAGGUGUGCCGGGACUGCAAGGGCGCGGGGCGCAUUGCGUGUGACCUGUGCCAGGGAACGGGGCAGAUUAGAUGGGAAGGGAAGCUGAGGCACAAGGACGAGUGUCCCAGUUGCGAAGGGAAGGGCGAAGCCAAGUGCCAUUGCAAGGCAGCAUACAGGGUCCCCGAAUUGGUUCCAAGGAAGUGAAGUUUUGAUGAAGCUGAUCAUCCAACAAUUCAAAAUUGUUUGCACAUUUUGAUUGGAUUGUAAGCAUUCAGCAAAGCAUAUUGCUUGCUAGUGGAGCAUAGCUAGUAGACUUUUCCGGAACUUGUUUUUGGAAGGUCGAGGGCCAUCUUUCGGAAAAGUUGAGCGUGGGAUUGAUUCCCCUGGCUCGUCGCAACCGCGGUUGCUAUCGUAGAAAUUGCUGAUUAGAAGUAUUUGUUGGAUAUAUUUAGAGACUCUGUACAUAGAUUUGACAUUAGAAAAUAUAAGUUCGCGAUGCUUGGUCUUCAGUCGUUUGUCCCUUGUUACUAGAAAUCGGUUUAUGAUCAAACGGAAAAGGCGCACAGAUAAGACAUCCAGCAGCCGUGUACACGUGGGAAGUAGAUCCCGGUUCUUUCACCCUGCGACUUGAGUUUCAAUUCGUGUAUGCCUAUACUUCAUUGAUCUCACGCACAAGCGUGUUUCACUCGAA